GCUGCAAACCCCCGGACUGCUUUUUUUCUUGUCAAAGCAAAGACCAUUCAUUAAGCCUAAGCUUUUUUGCCAAAGCAUACACGGAGCAUCUUCCUUAAAGCACCACCACACCUUGCGCCUGCUAUUAAAUCUUCGUCUUGUCCACUUCCUCACGCACUUCUUGUUUUCUACACUCCUCUAGCUCCUUUUUCUAUCAUAUCUAAACUUGACCAACGUUCGACUUUUCGUCCACGCUAGCAUCCCGCCCGUUACAACAUACUUGCGCCUCCAACGCCACACACGAGCAUAGCACAUUCUUUCUACACUAUGGGUGUCGAGAAGGUUGUUGCCAAACCAGGCAAUGGAACAGACUUCCCCAAGAAGCACGACGAGAUUUGCGUUGAAUACACCGGAUGGUUGUACGAUGAAGAGGCACCAGACAACAAGGGAACACAAUUCGACACAUCAGUAGGUCGAGGCGAUCUCACGACUCUAAUCGGCGCAGGCCGAGUCAUCCGAGGCUGGGACGAGGGUAUCUUGGGGUCCGAGGAUAUUCCCCCCAUGUCGUUGGGUGAGGUAGCAAUCCUCAAAAUCACAUCUGAUUAUGCUUAUGGCGCUCGUGGUUUUCCUGGACACAUCCCCGCAGAUGCAAAAUUGAUCUUUGAAGUUGAACUCAAGUCCAUCAACAAGAAAGGGGAAUAGAUCGCUGGUCUCCUUUCCCCGAUACAACGUUUUUACGCCGCCCUUCUUCACACUCUGUUCGACAUAUACCCCAUUACUACCCGACCCAUUUUUUCAGCCUAUCAUUCCUCACCAUUGUAACCUUCUGGAACGA